AUGGUCAAGAUCGUCAAUUCGUGGUGGCUCGUAGCUGCCAUCGCUGCAGGCGCUCUCAACAUUGCAGCCUCAUCUCCUCCCGAGUUGACCAUCCUCACCGACCCCACGCCCACGGAGGCCAUUACAGAAUCUGGUGAGACUUCGUCGCUCUCCUCCCAAGGAUCUACCGCUGGUACUUCUACUGCCCCCACCAAAUCCAGCACCACGGGUAGCAGCGGCCAAACUGUCGGUAGCAACGACGCUGGAUAUGACAACACGUUCAAUCCACUCGAGAUCAAGGGCAACCGCUUCUUCAACUCCGCCACGGGCGACUACUUCGCCAUCCGAGGCGUCAACUACUACCCGCGACCCAACGCCGGACCACUUGACAAGAACAACCUCGACCUCUUCUCCGACGACUUCAAGCACAUCUGGAGUCGAGACCUGCCGCAGUUCACGGCGCUCAACGCCAACGUCAUCCGACUCUACGCCGUCGACCCAGAAGUCGACCACUCCGCCUUCAUGUGCGCACUGCAGGCCGAGGGCAUCUACGUCGUCGUGGACCUCGGCUCCAACUGCGACGGCUGCGAGAUCACGGCCGACGCCGCGCCCGCGUGCUACCCGGCGUCCUACAAGGCCCGCGGAGAGAAGAUCAUCAAGCAGUUCGCGCGCUACGACAACGUCAUGGCCUUCAGCGGCGGCAACGAGAUCAACCACCGCACGGGCGGCAACCCCUGGACGUGGAACGCGCCGUGCCAGAAGAAGUUCAUCCGGGACAUGCGCGCCUUCCUGCAGUCCUGCUCGAGUCUGCGCCAGGUGCCCGUGGGCCUCGUCGUGGCCGACACGGACCGAGACGACAACGCGCAGUACUACAACUGCCGCACCGACGAGAGCGACGAGCUCGAGAACGCGCAGUGGUACGGCAUCAACACGUACGUGCACUGCGACGACAUCUCGGACCCGACCAAGGCCACGGGCUUCAACCUGCUGCGCGACAGCUUCAAGAGCUACGACUACUCCAUCCCCGUCGUGCUCACCGAGUUCGGCUGCGUCAGUCCGGCCUUCCCCACGGUGGACGGCUACGAGGCGCAGCGCACCUUCCACGACGCCGCCUUCAUGAACCUGCCCGAGUACAGCGACUACUUCGCGGGCGGCAUCGCCUUCGAGUACUCGACGGAGAACGCCAACUCCAUGGCCACGUCCGCGUACCCCUUCACGACGUACGGGCCGCAGAACUACGGGCUGGGCUACUUCUCCCCGGAAGACUGCACGGACGCGGGCGCCAACUGCACGUACGAGCGGUUCCCCAACUUCGAGUUCCUCGCCGAGGCGUACGCGUCGUACGACGGGUCGAGUGAGCCGACGUUGAGUGACUACGAAGUGCCAGCGAACCACGUAGAGACGUCGACAUGCCCCAAGGGCUCCCCUGACCUUCGCAAUUUCCAGUGGGCGGGUGAUGGCUUGUCGAGUGAAUCAUGCCCAACCAAGGAAGAGGCGUAUCACCAAUGUCCAAACCUCCCGGCCAAGAAGAAGAAGGGGAGUAGUGACGGAUCGCUGCACCUAGACGAAAUCAACUCGAGCGAUGUUGGCAGUGGCACUGGCAGCACUGGAUCGCGCUCCGUGACAAAGUCUGCGGCUAGAUCUGGGUAUGAAGGGGCUGUCGUGAGCUUGCUGGUCUCGGCUUUUGCAACGCUGGCACUCGCUGGAUAA